AUGGACACCCUAGCCGAAGCCGACUUCGACAAGCUGCCCUUCUUCUUCACCACUCUUUACGAGAAGGAGGCGCUAAAGCUCAAGGAAGGCCAGUCUGAAGACUGGCUCGACGACGACCUGCGCGCGAAUGCUCUCGCCCAGGGCCUCUGCGACAUCGACCUGCAGCUUCCCCAGAAUGCGCCAGACGUCCUGGGCCCCACCGCGUCCCCGUUGCGCCGCUCGUCCGUGUCGGGCAACACGCAGGCCUCAUGCUCGACCGAUAUCACCACUCCGGACUCGCCAGCCUCCGCCGACGACCAUGACCGCAGUUUCGCCGCCUCGCCGCCCCAGCGACACUCGAUGUCGGCGGCCCCGCACCCCGUCAACUAUUCGCGCCACUCGACCUCGAGUCUGGCCUCGUACAGGAGCCCGAAGCCCAGGUUCUUCCGUCGCAUGUCCUCGUUUGGCAAGAAGUAUUUCAGCGCCGACGACCAAGGCCUGCGCAGUCCGCCCAAGCAUUCUUACUCGUCCAUACACCGUCUCGGUGACGUGACGGGCCGCAUCACUUACAAGCAUCCCCGGGUGAAAGAGGACUCUGUUACCGACUUCGAUGCCGAGUCGGCCUUACUGCCGGAGCAUUCCAGGGCUUCCAGCCCAGACUCGGUUAUCUCUCACCACCCGCACGUUUCCGCCACUAUGACGGCAUCCCAACGCGCCGCCUUGAACCUGGCUCUGGAGCAUGCCCAGUUCCGCGACAUGUGGCAAGAGUACAGCAAGACGUGGGAGCGCAUAAUUACUUUCGAGGUAAAACAGAAGCAACUGUUUCACUUCUGGGAGAGGUUCUCUCGGAGGUCGCUCUAUGCCCAGUUUACUCUUCUUAAGGAUCGCCUCGCAGCCAAGCACUUGCAAGAGACUGAGCGUCUCGACGAGAAGCAACUCAAGGCCGAAUACGCCCUGGAGCAAGCUCACCGUGAAGAGAGAGCGCGGUCUGCGGCAGCUUUGAAACACAUGAAGGCCUACUGUAGCGGAUCAUCUGUUCCUGGUUCGACUAAGAGACGGAUAGUUACUGAAGAUGACAAACGCCGCCUGAGAGAGCAGGAGAAACUGCACGACGAACUAGACAGCAAACACGAAGCCGCGAUGAAAAUGACCCGAGCCCGGCAAGAGAAGGAUGUAAAGGAGCUCAAACACGAACACGAGCAAGAAUUCAAGGAGCUCGAUAAGAAGUAUAAGGAGGCACGCGCCUUGUCACGCAAAACCACCCAGGAGAUUUCCCAUCAACUGGACGACGUAAUCCGAGCGCGCAGGCUUCGAGUGGUCCAACGCUGGUAUAUCAACCUGAAGCUGUGGGAUAGGGGGACCACCGACCAAGACGACGUGCCUGCCUACACCGAUCUUCCUAUCAUCCCGUGGCCGGAUAAGACAGUCGUCGAGACAAUGACUUCCCGAACCUACAGUGUCCUGGAUACUUGGCAUACUUUCAACGACCUUCCGCCUGCUGUUUCUCUUCACGUACCAGUCGUUCCCGAGUGUGAUUGA